CUUUACUUCCGCCCUUCCAUCCUUUCUGGGCUUCUAGAAGCGGAAGUAAAUGGUGUCUACCGCGAACUUUGGUAUGGAGCGCGAAUACAAACUACGGCACGGCAUUUGAAAAGCUUUGGGCUAUCUGAUGAUUAUGGCGUCAAGGAACGUCUGGUGUAUGACAAGGAACUUCCUCUUUGGUUCGAGAGGUUGGAUGAUCCAAUAUUCAGCAGAAAUUUUCCUCAAAUCGAUUUCAUUGAGGCCUUUUAGUGUGAAAUGUGACGGUAAAGACAGGGAGCCCUUGAAGAAUGAGGACCUACUGAAGAACUUACUCACCAUGGGAGUUGAUGUUGACAUGGCGAGGAGACGGCAGCCUGGAGUGUUUAACAGGGUGAGUACAAAUGAGCAGGCGCUGAAGAUAUUCCUUCUUUCCAAAGGAGCUAGUGACAAAGUCAUUGGUAGUAUCAUAUCAAGAUACCCACGAGCCAUAACACGCACUCUGGAAGGUCUUUCAAAAAGGUGGGAGCUGUGGAGAAAGAUUAUGGCAUCAGACCUUGAAAUUGUAAAUAUUUUGAAGCGUUCUCCUGAAUCCUUUUUUCGGUCUAAUAACAACCUAAACUUAGAGAAUAAUAUAAAGUUCCUCUGCUCUGUUGGAUUGACUAAUAAAUGCCUCUACCGACUGUUGACCAAUGCUCCUAGGACCUUCUCCAAUAGCCUGAAUUUGAAUAAACAAAUGGUUGAAUUUUUGCAUGAGACCAGUAUAUCCUUAGGUCACAAUGAUCCCACAGAUUUUGUCAGGAAGAUAAUUUGUAAAAAUCCUUCCAUCUUAAUUCAGAGCACCAAACGGGUAAAAACUAACAUUGAAUUUCUACAGUCAACUUUCAACUUAAACAAGGAGAACCUGCUGCUUCUGAUAUGUGGCCCAGGAGCUGGAAUCCUGGAUCUUUCCAAUGACUGUACCAAAAGGAACUACACAAAUAUCCAAGAGAAGCUGCUGUCUCUGGGAUGCACUGAUGAGGAGGUGCAGAAGUUUGUCCUAAGCUAUCUGAAUGUGGUCUUCUUGUCAGAGAAAAAGUUUAAUGAUAAAAUAGACUGCCUCAUAGAAGGAAAAAUCAGCAUUUCACAAAUAAUUGAAAACCCUAGGGUUUUGGAUGCAAGCAUAAAUACUUUAAAAACUCGAAUCAAAGAGUUGGCACAUGCUGGAUAUGACUUGAGGUCAUCCAACAUUGCUCUCCUGUCCUGGAGUCAGAAAAGAUAUAAAGCUAAAUUGAAGAAAUUAAAUGAAUAGGACGGUACUGGAGGAGUCUCAAGGAAUCUUACAGUGUAGUGCUAUUCCCAGUUUGGGCAUUUCCAAAACAAAAGUUUUAUUUUUUUUUAAAUAAAUAUUUUUAAAAAUGUUUAAGAUUA